AUGAAGCAGUGCCGUAGUUGCUUCUGGGCUUGCUUUAUGGUGGUGCUGCUGCUCAUCUGCCGGGGAAGACGAGGAGGAGCUCAGUCGAGCGACGGGGAUGGAAUCAAUUAUUACAUCACUUGGAAUGAUUUGAAAAUUCAAAAUGAUUCGAGGAUGUCAAUUAGUGAUGCGGAAAAAAAUCAAAAUUCAAACCAAAAUCAAACUCAGAAGAUAAUUGUGGUGGAUUGGACCGGCGCCGGAGAUUCAGCAACAGUGCAAGGAGCCGUCGACCUAGUGGCUGAGAACAAUACAGAGAGAGUCAAGAUUCAUAUUCUUCCUGGACUAUACAGAGAAAAAGUGGUGGUUCCCAAAAGCAAGCCGUACAUUUCCUUCAUCGGCGACGAGAACCGCUCGCCGGAGACGGUAAUAAGCUGGCACGACAAAGCUUCAGAUAGCGACGGCCAUGGCGGAGCCUUGGGGACGGUGAUGUCCGCCUCCGUCACCGUUUUAUCCGAUUACUUCUGCGCAAUGGGAGUCACCUUCGAGAACACAGUGGUGGAGCCAGGCGACGGCGAGAACGGUUACCAGGCUGUGGCGCUGAGAAUUUCCGGCGAGAAGGCGAUGUUCUACAAGGCAAGGUUUUUGGGGUCACAGGACACCCUAAACGACGAGACUGGAUCCCAUUACUUCUACCAGUGCUUCAUCCAGGGCUCCGUCGAUUUCAUCUUCGGCAACGCAAGAUCUCUCUACCAGGAAUGCAGCAUCUCAGUAGUAAAGGAUGGGUACGCCAUAGCAGCUCACCAUCGAAACUCACCGAGCGAAGCCACAGGCUUCUCCUUUGUCAACUGUACAAUCACAGGGACUGGCUAUGGUUAUGGCUAUGGCGAUGGAGCAGUGUUCCUGGGGAGAGCUUGGGGGAAUUACUCCACCACAGUAUAUUCCUACUCCGAAUUUGACCUCCAUGUCCGGCCGGGAGGUUGGGACGACUGGAAAGUCCCAUCCAGACACAGUCUUGUCACUUUCGGAGAACAUGAGUGCAAAGGGGUAGGGGCAGACAGGAGCAGGAGAGUGCCAUGGUCACAAAACCUAAAUCUUUCACAAGCAUUACCUUAUCUAAACACCACCUACAUUCAAGGGCACCUGUGGCUAAGACUAUAGCACAUAUACAUACAUAUACACACAUAUAUAUAUAUGUAUUAUAGGAUAGAAUCGAAUCGAAGAAAGAUAAACAGCAUUCUCCACAUGCCAAGAAUAUUAAUUGGCACUCAAGAUUCUGUAUCUACGUAUCAUAAACGACAAAUAUCACAAC